AUGACGGAUACACCAUAUCGCCAGCAAUUUCAAGACUUCGCUGCACAAUUUCCUCACGAGCUGUUACUUGAAGAGGGCAUUCCUAGAGCAGGAGACGGCUCUCAACCUCCCCAACUAUUGCUGCUUCCGAAAUACCUGGAGUAUGACUGGUACCUCUCCCUAAUCAACUUAGAUUUGCAAAAUGCCCGUCCUCUAGACGAGUACUGGCACCACAUUGAACUACGCCUAGGAAAAUUUGACCUAUACCCAGAUUAUGCUGCACCAAUCACUUCAGAGCUUCCCAUACGCGCCCGAUUUCGAAUUCCCCGUGGUCUCAGAGAGAUGGGUAUGAUAGGCGCGAAACUUGUCGAAGCAUUCGAUCAUUGGGUAAAGCAAGAUCUAGCAGAUUCUGAAUACUCGUGGUCCAACAUGGAACCCUUGGACGUUAUUAAAAAGAUCGCACUGUCGGUUCUUUGGUUGAAGCCCGGCUCUAAGCUCUAUGGAUAUGAAUUGAACGCCAGAAAGGUUGAAGAGGCGCUAGUUAUUAGUCUUGAGAGGUUUCCAGAACCUGCGUCGGGUGCAAAGCCGACUGUUGUUGCUCAAUGGGUUACCCGUUGGAGGACUUCCAAGUGGGUUUUCAUACCACACUCUCCGGUUGUGAUUGCAAAGAAACUGGAAGCGAGUUUGAUGGCCAAUGGGUACGUUUGUGAUUGGGAAGUGUGA